AUGGCUUCGUUCGCGGCCAAGAUCGUGGCAAAAAAGCUCUUUAAAGAGACCACUUCCAACAAGCAGGGACAAGAGGAUCCCUACUUUGAGACCAUUCCAGCUACGAGGCUGGGAGGAAUGUACAAGACGACCAAGAAGAGACGCAGAGCCCUACCGCCCGGUUUGACCGCACAAGAGGAAAAGGUCCUCACCAAGGCGAAGCGAAGGGCCUACCGCGUCGAUCUCUCCCUUGGUAGUUUUUUCGGAACGAGGUUUGGCUGGGGCGCCAUCAUUGGCCUUAUACCCGGGAUUGGCGAUGUCCUUGAUCUCCUUCUAGCCUUCAUGGUGUACCGAACCUGUUGCUCGGUCGAGCCAGAAUUGUCUGCCUCGGUCAAAAUGAGAAUGAAAUUGAAUAUGGCGAUUGACUUUGGCAUCGGCUUGGUCCCAUUUAUUGGCGAUAUUGCAGAUAUGGCAUACAAAUGUAACACCAGAAAUGUGAUUUUGCUUGAGAAGGAGCUGCGGGAGCGGGGCAGAAAGAGACUGAAGGGCACCCCACAAGCAAACGUGGCCGAUCCAAGUUUGCCAGAUGAGUUCGACUAUCAGAACGAGGAGCACCUAAUGAACCAACAGAACGGUCCACCUCCCAGAUAUACCUCUCAGCGCGAGUCUAGGAGAUCGCAUCGAGACCGUGGGAGAGAUUAUGAUGUCGAAAGAGCAGACGAAAUUCCCCCAUCGAGGCCGACUCGAACACGUUGA